AGACGCCUGUAAACCGAAGUGUGUUGAUGCUGUGACAAUGAUGCUGUGAAGGGACCUCCUGCGUCUCCUCCCCUCCCUCCCUCCCCCUGCUCCCCCGCUCCUCGUUUCCACUCUUCAUUCCGCGUUCACCCACGAGAAGAGAUGCGAGCGUCCAGCAUCAUGUCCUCAGACGUCCAGCUGCGUGACCAAACGGACAGCAGGGACCCCGCGGGCGCCAGGAGCGACUGAGAGUAGGUGCCAGAAGUCAUACAUCCUGCCCAUAGUGAACUGACCAGCUGUACCUGAGUGUGGACACCAUGGAUACAAUAAACUUCACCUUCUGGAACACCUCUGAGGGCAACGAGACCCUGGAGACGGUGGACGAGAGCCCGUAUAAGACAGUGGAGGUGGUGUUUAUUGUAUUGGUGGCCGGCUCACUAAGCUUGGUGACAGUUAUCGGAAACAUCUUGGUCAUGCUCUCCAUCAAGGUUAACAGGAGCCUACAGACUGUCAACAACUACUUCCUGUUCAGCCUGGCCUGUGCUGACCUCAUCAUUGGCCUUUGCUCUAUGAACCUGUACACAGUCUACAUUGUGAUUGGAUACUGGCCGCUAGGUCCGGUUGUGUGCGACUUGUGGUUGGCGCUGGACUACGUGGUCAGCAACGCCUCCGUCAUGAACCUGCUGAUCAUCAGCUUUGAUCGAUACUUUUGUGUCACCAAGCCGCUCAGCUACCCAGUGAAGAGGACGACCAAAAUGGCAGGGAUGAUGAUUGCGGCGGCAUGGGUUUUGUCCUUCAUCCUCUGGGCUCCAGCUAUCCUGUUCUGGCAGUUUAUCGUUGGCGGGCGCACAGUGCCAGAGAAGGAGUGCUACAUUCAGUUCUUCUCCAAUGCCGCGGUCACUUUCGGCACGGCCAUUGCUGCUUUCUACCUGCCCGUCAUUAUCAUGAUGGUGCUUUAUUGGCAGAUAUCCCGUGCCAGCAAGAGCCGUGUCAAGAAGGACAACCGCAAACCGCCAGGUGGCAACCUCGAUGUAGCAUCAUCUAAUCAGAUCCGUGCAAACACAGCCAACAAACCCACCAACAACAACCUAACAGCUGAAGAAACAGACAGAGGACAGACCCAGCUAACAGAUGACGCCGCCAACCAACAUGAUGCCAAACUCCAAAACGGCAAAGCGCCAUCCACAUCAAGCAGAGAAGCAGAGGCAGAAGAUGGAGGACGAGCAAACUGCGUUCCUGCGGAGGAGAAAGAAAGCUCCAAUGACUCCACCUCUGGCAGCGGAGCUGUAACCAAUCAAAAGGACGAGGCGGCGCCAUCCAAAGCCAACGACGACCAGGCUCCCAUGAGGUACCGUGCAAAAGCUGGAGGCUCCAAACUGACAUGCAUCAAGAUCAUGACCGAAUCACCAAAAGGCGACUGCUGCACACCUUCGAACGCGACGGUGGAGAUCGUCCCGGCCACCGAGAGACAGAACCAUGUGGCGAGGAAGAUCGUGAAGAUGACCAAGCAGCCGCCAAAGAAGAAAAAAGCACCAUCCUCUCGGGAAAAGAAGGUGACGCGCACCAUUAUGGCCAUCCUGGUGGCAUUCGUGGCUACUUGGACGCCAUACAACGUGAUGGUCCUCAUCAACACCUUCUGCUCCAGCUGCAUUCCCAGCACGGUGUGGACCAUCGGAUACUGGCUCUGCUACAUCAACAGCACGAUCAACCCCGCUUGCUACGCCCUCUGCAACAUCACCUUCAAAAAGACCUUCAAACACCUGCUGCUCUGCCAGUACAAGAACAUACGCUCGGCCCGAUGAGGAGUAAUGUGUGUGCAUGCGUCAUAUUUUACAUGUGUGUUCUGGUCACAAAGGUACAUGUGUGGAUGUGUUUGUAUGUGUGGAAAGAUAAAGUAAAACCAGUUCAGCAACUGAAGAGUUUAUUUGCAAAAACAGAUUACUAAUUUCCUUAAAUCAUGUUUUCUAUUGUGUUAUCAUGUUUUUAUUGUGUUUUAGUGUGUGUAUUUUAAGCUAUUAUUAUUUAAUCAAAACAACCCAACUGUAACUUGAUUGAUAUCAAAUGGAAUGCAGAAAAAAUAAAAAAAAUAAAACAUGAUUUAUGAACAUUUAAAAAAGAAAUCUGUUUUUGUAAAUGAACUCUUCAGUUACAAAUUGAAGAUUGACCCAUCAACAACCAUCAUAUACAAAGUUUUAAGAAUCCCUCAUCCUUGUAGUUUGGCGAAUUUGACAGUGUCAGCUGCAACGACUCUAUUUUAACAUGUUUCACCAUGUUUAACUCACAGAUUUCCCCUAAAAUAAGUUUGAAAAGUCUGGGCGAGUGUGUGAUUGCAUUUAUUGUUUUUUAUAUAUAAAUAGAAAAUCUGUUGUAGCACUUUACACAUGCAUAGAGGUGAUGCAUGUCAAAAAAGGACAAAAAAAAGUGCAAAAAUAUUUGAUUUAUAGACAAAAAAUUUUAAAGUAAAAAAAACAACAACAACAACCCCAAUACGAGCAUAUAGAUGGUCAGAUUGGAGUCUGUACUAUUCAAUAAUACACAUAUAAGGGGACAACAGGGCUGACUGAAGAUCCAAACCAAACGAGUUUGAGCUUCAGUCUAAAAUCACACCUGUAUAUACGUGUAUAUAAUUAUGUACUGUAUCCGUGUUGUGUGUGUGGUUGCAUGCUGGAUGACUGUGCAUAUGUAAGUCUGUAGCAAAAGUCAACAUGAAACCUGUUUACUUCUGUAACCAGCGUGAAAUUCAUCCAUAUAGUGUGAUUUUAUUUAGAUUGCAAAGACCAUUUUAAUUCUGUGCACCAUUGAUUCUUGUAAAAUAAGACCAGAAACAUGCAUUCAGGAAGUUAACAGGCUCAUCUUGACUUUAAAGCUUUGUUAAACACAAGCACGUUCAAUGACAGAACGACAGGUAGCUUGGUUGCAGGGCUUGUGUCUGUUUGUCGCAUGUGUGUGCUCUCCGAGAGCAAUAAGAGGGUUGAAGAGGCUCUCCGGUGUGCCCGUAUGUUAAAGUGGAUGAGCUUUGAGUGCUCGAGGUCUCCAGGGAUGCAAAUCUAAACCUUUUAAAGUGAACAGACAAGCAGGAUGAAGAGGCUCUCACAGACACGUAGCCAUUAGCAUCCACCUCACCUCUGCUUUGCAUUUACACAAAACAGUUCACUCACGCUUGGAUAGAAAAAAAAAACAA